AGGAGUUGGUUCUUGAUGGACCUUCAUUUUAUUCCAAAACAGGAUGUGCUGUGGUCUGACUUUGGAUUUCCUGGGAGGAACGGCCAGGAGAGUACAUUGUGGAUUGGCUCCCUCGGCGCGCACACCCCCUGUCAUCUGGACACCUAUGGCUGUAACUUAGUCUUCCAGGUGCAAGGAAGGAAAAGAUGGCAUCUCUUUCCUCCUGAAGAUGCACCCUGCCUUUAUCCAACUAGAAUCCCUUAUGAAGAAUCUAGUGUGUUCAGUAAAGUCAGCAUUGUCAAUCCUGAUUUAAAGCGUUUCCCUUGGUUCCGGAAAGCUCGAAGGCAUUUGGUCACACUGAGCCCAAGCCAGGUCCUUUUUGUUCCCAGACACUGGUGGCAUUACGUGGAAUCCAUUGAUCCUGUCACCGUCAGCAUAAAUUCAUGGAUUGAGCUGGAGGAGGACCACCUAGCCCGCGUGGAAGAGGCAAUCACUCGUACGCUUGUGUGUGCUCUGAAAACAUCCGAGGACCCCCACGAUACCCGGGCUUGGUUAAACCCCACUGAGGUUGAAGCAACCUCUCAUGCAGUCAACUGUAGCUACUUAAAUGGAGCCAUUUCUGCCUUUUUCAGUCAUUCCAGAACCCCAAAGGCAGGAGAAGACGACGUGCUGGAAGCAAAUGGGGGAAGCGUGGAGAAGGAAGGAUCACACGUGUGCAGCCACCCCGAGGUGGACCAGACACGCAGCCGCAGCCAAGGCCCGGGAGCCGGAAAGCGGGCUGCGGCGAGCGGCUUUGGCCCCGACCUCUGCCCUGUACUGCCAGCUCCUGAAGAGCCCCCUGCACACAGAGGUGGCGUAUUUGAAAAUGACAGUAAAGAGCUGGCUGACAAAGAUGAGAAACACUUUGCCAAAUCCUGCUGUCCCCAGAGGCCACAAAUGAUGAGUGAGGACGGAAACGCGACAGGGGGACAGGCUGCUGCGGGUAGUGCUCCCGGCCUGUCUCAAGCGCUCAUUUCUACCGAUGAUUUGCUGGACUGUUUAGUGAAUCCACAAGUGAUCAGGAUGGUGGCACAGCUUUUGAUACAAGGGAAAAGCUUAUGAUUCUCAUAGAAGGCGAAUUUUUAAUAACAUCUUAAAAAUGUAUUUGUAAACUAUAGUAUGAUUUAAAAUAAAA